AUGUUUAAAAGCUUCUCUGGUGCUUUACGUCUUGGUGGACGUACUAUCGCUAAGGCUCGUCCAACUUUGGCAAGAUCUUAUGCUGCCUUUGACCGUUCCAAACCUCAUGUUAAUGUUGGUACCAUUGGUCAUGUUGAUCACGGUAAAACCACUUUAACUGCCGCUAUUACUAAAGUUUUAGCAGAAAAAGGUGGUGCCGAUUUCUUGGAUUACGGCUCCAUCGAUAAAGCUCCAGAAGAAAGAGCCAGAGGUAUUACUAUUUCUUCUGCUCACGUUGAAUAUGAAACUGAUAAAAGACAUUAUGCUCACGUUGAUUGUCUCAGUCACGCUGAUUAUAUUAAAAAUAUGAUUACUGGUGCUGCUCAAAUGGAUGGUGCUAUUAUUGUUGUUGCUGCUUCUGAUGGUCAGAUGCCUCAAACUAGAGAACAUUUAUUAUUAGCUAGACAAGUUGGUGUUCAAAACUUAGUUGUUUUCGUUAACAAGGUUGAUGCUGUUGAUGAUCCAGAAAUGUUGGAAUUAGUCGAAAUGGAAAUGAGAGAAUUAUUGACUCAAUACGGUUUCGAUGGUGAUAACACUCCAGUUAUCAUGGGUUCUGCUUUAUGUGCUUUGGAAAACAAACAACCAGAAAUUGGUAUCCAAUCCAUUGAAAAAUUAUUAGACGCUGUCGAUGAACACAUUCCAACCCCUCAACGUGAUUUAGAACAAUCUUUUGUUUUACCAAUUGAAGAUGUUUUCUCCAUUUCCGGUAGAGGUACUGUCGUCACUGGUAGAGUUGAAAGAGGUAGUUUAAAGAAGGGUGAAGAAGUUGAAAUCGUUGGUGGUUUCGACAAACCAUUCAAAACUACUGUUACCGGUAUUGAAAUGUUCAAAAAAGAUUUAGAUUCUGCUAUGGCUGGUGAUAACUGUGGUAUCUUAUUAAGAGGUGUUAGAAGAGACCAACUUCACCGUGGUAUGGUUCUUGCCAAACCAAACACCAUUACUUCCCACACUAAAAUCUUGGCUUCAUUAUAUAUCUUAUCUAAAGAAGAAGGUGGCCGUCACUCUCCAUUCAGUGAACACUACAAACCUCAAUUAUUCGUUAGAACUACCGAUGUUACCGGUUCUUUAAGUUUCCCACCAGGUGAAGGUGUUGAUCACUCUCAACAAGUCAUGCCAGGUGACAACGUCGAAAUGAUUAUUGACUUCAUUAGAAAAACUCCAAUUGAAGUUAACCAACGUUUCAACAUUAGAGAAGGUGGUAGAACUGUCGGUACCGGUUUAGUCACCAGAAUUAUUGAAUAA